UGUACUGUAGGCAAGUACAUCCACAUACAGGGUGUUUUCUAACUUUUUUAUUUACACAUAUGAUAUUCUUUCAUUAUAUCUCUCAAAAUAUUAGCUCUGCCAUUUCUGAAAUUAUGAUCAGCCUAAACUGUUACCAUCCGAUUUUACAAAUCCUAUAGCGUUUCUGUUGCUUUUUAAGCGUUUUGUUAUUUCCAUAAUUGCGCCCCGGCGGCUAAAGCAAACGAAGGAAGUUCAUUGUGGGGUUUUUUCCCCCUUGAUCGAAACCGGCGGCGCGGACAGCGGAUUGCGUGAGGAUGCGGCGGGCGAUCUGGGGCGUGCCUCGGGCAGGACCGUCCUUCUCCAGGCGUACCAUGUGAAGCCUGGGAGGAGAAACCCUUAGAAAGCUGCCGCGUCUCCCUUCUCCUGCCUGGAUAUAUUUGUAACGUUUUUACGCAACAAGAGGAAAGUUUCAAAGAGGAACCGUGCCGAGGCACCGAGCUACAAAGGGGAGGGGGGGCAAUAUCAGGCAGACAGGGAGGUGAAGCGUCGAUCAGCAAAGCGGCUCUGAUCCAAGUUCAGCCGAGUGCAGCCCGGUCCCACAGGCGAAGCAGUCCCCAGCUGCUCCGAUGCCACCCCCGGCUGCCACCAUGAUCGAGGUGUGCAUCCCGGCGCUGGAGAGGAAAGCGGACGAGUCGGGAAAGUUACAGAAGUUUUUCAGAGUGGAGAUACUGUUCAAUGGAAGGAAACAUUUUGUGCUUAAGCGUCACAGAGAAUUCCUGAACCUCCACAAGAAGCUGAAGAAGAUCCUCCAGACCCCAGAGUUUCCCAACAAACGCAGCCCUCACUUCCGCCAGAAGCCCCUGGAGCAGAGGAGGCAGGAGCUUGAGGACUAUGUGAAGAUGGUUCUCUCUGACAAUGAAGAAGUUCCCCAGGAGAUGCUGGACUUUCUGCAGCUCAAACAUUUCCAUUCUGUGAACAAGAUGUCUAGUUCUGAGUGUCUGGAUGCCUCCCACCCUGAAUCUUAUAACUGUCAGCUGUUGCAUCAACGUGUCCUGGGCUUCUUCAAGGACCCCUAUGUGCUGGAAUCCACGUCAGAUCUUCCCGAUGUCGUCGUGGAUGGUGUCCUGCAGGGACUGUAUCCCAGGGACGUCCGCGUGAGCUUCAUGCCUCCCCCCGAACCACAUCGCACAAAGCCAUGGAGCCCCAGCAAAGGCGGCCCGGCCACACAGCCCGAGGUCCGCAGGACUUGAAGUGGGUCACGGAUCCAUCCGGAAUGCAGCACGUGGUCCUGCAGAGCUCAUGGCCACCUUGGACUCGCACUGAGGAUGCCACCUGCGGCGUGUUUGCAUAGCUACAUGGAGCUGACCCAGAAAAGUCACACGGUUUUAUGUGUGAUGUGUACUAGGUGUGAUGUUUUACUAGGAGGUGUGAUGUUUUACAAGGUUAAGAUCAGUUUCCAGAAGCUGAGUAUUACCUGCGUGCAGGUUUUUGAUUGCUUUGGUGUUUGCAGAUGCAUGUGUGUAGCUGCAGAAUCUGCAUUUUACAUCACUCGAACCCCCUGGGCUUUUAACCGGAUUCAGUUACAAGGAACAUUAGGUUGCAUUGAAUUUUUCACUUAGUCAUUUCAAGGAGACAUCCAUACUGACAGCUGUCAUGGUAACCUCAGGGUGAAGUUCUGGUGUGAUAUUGAGCGGGUUCUAUAGGGCCUACCUUACAUUUUGGCUAUUGUCAUGGUACUGUCAAAGUUUGUGUGACCUGUAAGCAGUUUGUGACGAUAUUUCCUGGAAUGAAAUAGUAUAAACAAACCAAUGCAUAGAAAUUUUAGUGCCCCAUUUAAAUAUUGGCCCUUUUUUUUUUUUUUCACUUUCAUAAAUCUUAUGUAAAUACCAAUAUUCCUUAAACCUCCAGGGGACACUGCAGGAAAAAGUAAUGAAAAUGCACAUUAAAAAUCUUUCCUGUACUGGUUCCAGAUAUCUGAUCAACAA